AUGCGCCUCAUUAUCAUCCUUUUACUCUCUCACCUCAUUAUAACCAUUUUUCUUAUUCGCCUCAUUAUCAUCCUUUUACUCUCUCACCUCAUUAUAACCAUUUUUCUUAUUAUCAUCUUUUUCCAUUCUACGCCUCAUUAUCAUCAUUUUUCUUCUUUGCCUCAUUACCAACAUUUUUAUUCUUCGCAUUAUUAUCGAUCUUUUCCCCCUUUACCUUAUUAUCAGCCUUUUUCUACUUCGCCUCAUUAUAAUCCUUUCUCUCCUUCCAUUCUUUUUCUUCUUCGCUACAUUAUUAUUCUUUUUCUCCUUCGCCUCAUUAUCACCAUUUUUCUUCUCCCUGCUAUUAUCAUCAACCUUUUUCUCCUUCAUUUCAUUAUCAUCAUUUUCCUUCUCCACAUCUUUAUUAUCCUUUACUUCAUUAUCAACCUUUCUCUUCUUCGCCUUAUUAUCCCCUUUUUUCUCCUUCAUCUCAUUAUCGCCCUUUUCCUCUUCUUUUUUUCUUCUUCACCAUCAUCAAUUUUUUCUUCGAUUAUUAUCGUCCUUUUUUUUUCUCGUUUAUUUUAUUGUUACCCUUUUUUCCUCCGCAUUAUUAUCAUUCUUUUUCUUCUACGCCUCAUUAGCGUCAUUUUUCUUAUAUAUAAUCCUUUUUUUCUUCUUCGCCUCAUUAUUAAUCUCUCUAUAUCUUCGACUCAUUUUCCUUCUUUUUCUUCUCGCCCUAUUAUGAACCCUAUUUUCCUUCGCCACAUUAUCGUUCUUUCACUUCUUCGUCUUCCUAUUGUUCUUAAUUUUCUUAUUGUUGUUUUUAGUCAUAUACGCUACCGUGAGUUUUCUGGUCAUCCCGGAGAUACAGGAGAGUGUCUCUCUUUCCCCCCCACCUCUCUCUCUCUCUCUUUUUCUCUCUCUCUUGGCAUGGCUUGGCUUCCCCUCGUACGUAGAACCGCAACUGUAGCCCGCGUACGUAGAACCGCAUCUGUUGCAUCUGUAGCCCCCAUACGUAGAACCACAUCUGCAGCCUUCUUACGGAGAACUGCAUCUGCAGCCUUCUUACGGAGAACUGCAUCUGCAGCCUUCGUACGUAGAACCGCAUCUGCAGCCUUCGUACGUAGAACCGCAUCUGUAGCCCUCUGA